CAAUCUCAUUAAAAUAUGGAGAUUUUGCGAGUGGGAGUGUUCGAACCAAAUCCUCCUAACCCUAUUAAUUUCGAAUGUCGAUUUACGUGAAUUAAGUGGUGGAGAAAUCGGUAAAAAUGCCCCGUCUGGAGUGAACCGCGUUGGCGAAACGCCCCACGGCCCCCAUUCAGCCUCUAAAUUGACAAUGUUUGAUCGUAUAGAACGGAUAAACAAACCCCUUGACUGUCAGUGUUUGUUUUGUACCUGAGGAGGCUGUUCGACGGGUAGAAACGUCGUUUUUGCUAAAGAAAAGUUUCUGGUAACACGCCCGUUUGGAUUUCGCGAAGAAAACCGAGCGCUUUUAGAUCAGGAUUUGACGGAGGGGCCCCAAUUUGAAGCAGGUGUCCGAUUGCAAUGUGUGCCCCAUUCUAGUGGAUUUUGGUGCAAACCCGCGCGGACUUUUAGUGCCCCACAAUGAAUUCCCGGUUGCAUUUAGCCGGUUCCUUUCUGAACAAUUCGCUAGCAAUUCGCCAGGAGAUUCAGAGAUUUGAGAGCGUUCAUCCCUCGAUUUAUGCAAUCUACGAUUUGAUUGACUUGGUACCGGAUGGGGUGAUCGCUCAGCAGAUUCGGGACCACGUCGUCUGCAUUGAAGAUUCGUUUGUCAAUUCGCAAGAAUGGACUCUAUCGAGGGCAGUACCCGAUCUGCGGUUGGGCAUCGUGGGUUCCUUGAGUUCCGGCAAGUCGGCGUUGGUGCACCGCUACUUGACCGGUUCCUACAUGCAGGAGGAAUCGCCCGAAGGAGGCCGAUUCAAAAAGGAGAUCCUGGUGGAGAACCAAAGCUACUUGCUGCUGAUUAGGGAUGAAGGCGGACCGCCAGAGCUCCAGUUCACGGCCUGGGUGGAUGCAGUCAUUUUCGUCUUCAGCUUGGAGAACGAGUCGUCAUUUAGUGCAAUCUACAACUAUUACACGAAAAUGUCCCACUAUCGCAAUGCUGCGGAGAUUCCACUGAUCCUCGUUGGUACGCAAGAUGCGAUUAGCGAGAACAAUCCACGAGUAAUUGAUGACUCGAGGGCCCGGAAACUGGCCAACGAUCUCAAGCGCUGCUCCUACUACGAAACCUGUGCCACUUACGGAUUGAAUGUGGAGCGCGUUUUUCAGGACGCCUGCCAAAAAAUUGUCCAGCAACGUUUGGCUCAAUCAACCGUUUGUCUCACGCCGACCAAUUCGCGUCCAUCCACCCCCAACAGCCACUACCAUCCAGCUGCCGUGCAGCGCCAUCUUCAACCCAAUAACGGCAUCGUGCAAAUGGAUCGGCAAUCCUCUUUACACAUGUCGCCGGGCCAUCACACCCUGCCUCACAACAAGGAAUCGCAGGUGAUACAAGAGCUGCGCCAACACAUAGUACAAAAGCCGACACAUCAGACCAGCUCGCCAUCGGACAGGGACAGCAACAGCUACAAAUCGGGCGAGGAAGAGAGAAAAUGGAACUCGUCGUCCACCCUAGCCAGCAUCAAUUCGUCUCAAGGAGUUUUGGCUGUGACCACCGAGAACAAUAACGUUGCCAAGUUUGCGGCUCCUCAUUCGUUGGAUAAUCUCCAAAUUGCUCAACAGCAGAACACUGCAAAGGAACUGAAGGAUUUGCCCACGCCCAACUCAACGCCCACCACGUCGCGGAAGAAUAGGAGGCGAUCGAAUCUGUUCACCCCGUCAAAGAAUGACAAGCACAAAAAUGGGGGUGAUUUUGGCAGUGGGCGCGCCAUUCCUCUGAAGCAGGGUUACCUGUACAAAAAGUCCAGCAAACCUCUAAACAAAGAAUGGAAGAAGAAAUACGUGACGCUAUGUGAUGAUGGCAGGUUGACCUAUCACCCGAGCCUGCACGACUACAUGGACGACGUGCAUGGAAAGGAAAUCUCUUUACAGUAUGUGACUGUUAAAGUGCCCGGUCAGAAGCCACGCGGUUCUAAGUCAAUUGUCACCGUGUCCAGUCAGGGCUACGGCGGCUGCAGUUCUGCUCUGCAUGAGAACCUCGGCAGUUUAUCACUACUGAAUAAAGAUAAACGGCCCACGGAAAGGGUGCUAAUAUCGGCGUUCGAAACGGUGAAAGAUCCGAGCAGCAAAUUCGCGCAACAGAGUGGAGACGAGGGGAUGUCGUUGUCGAGCAGCAACUCGUUUCUCAAUGGGGAAAUUUGCAAGACUGAAACGCCCAACGUGAAGAAACGGCAUCGGCGAGUGAAAAGCAGCGGAGUGAAGAACUCUGAAUACGAUGACGCAGAUGUGUACGAGUUCUACAUAGUGUCGCUCGAAGGCAAGCAGUGGAAUUUCGACGCUUCUUCCGUUGAGGAAAGAGACGAAUGGGUGGCCGCCAUCGAGCAGCAAAUACUCAAUUCCCUCCAACUCAACGAGUCCUCAAAGGCCAAGAGCAAUCCCAACGAGUUGGCCUCAAUACAAGCAAUUAAAAGCAGGGUACCUGGCAAUGGAUUUUGUGUGGAUUGUGAUUCCCCAAAUCCCGACUGGGCUAGUUUAAAUUUAGGCGUCCUAAUGUGCAUAGAAUGUUCGGGGAUUCAUCGGAACUUGGGGUCGCACAUUUCUAGGGUGCGUUCCUUGGACUUGGACGAGUGGCCGCCGGGCAAUCAAAGCGUGAUGUUGACGAUAGGAAACACGUUGGCGAACUCGGUGUGGGAAUCUCAGGUGCACAACCGAACCAAACCCACCCCCACGUCUAGUCGAGAGGAAAAGGAACGAUGGAUACGAGCCAAAUACGAGCACAAAGAGUUCCUACCAGCGCCCAACAAUACGAUGCCUUUAGGGCAGCAACUGAUCGACUCGGUGUGCGCCUCGAACGUUAAAAGCAUCGUGCAUGUGUUGGCCUUAGCCAAUACGCAACAAGUCAAUACAACGGUGGGCCCCCGCGACUUGAGAACGCCCCUGCACUUGGCUUGCGCUAUGGGAAAUCUGUCCAUUGCCCAGCUACUCAUUUGGCAUCAUGCCGAUGUGAAAGCGGUGGAUCAGGAUGGCAGGACCUGUCUGGCUUAUGCUAGAGCUGCCGCCAGCAAAGCAGCAGCUAAGUGUUCAGCGUCAAAAAGCAUCAAUCUGGAUGCUUCAGCGACAAACAGCAAACACCUGGUGGAGUUGCUGCUUGGCUACGGAUGUCCAGAGAUGGCAACGGUCGCGAUUAGUGGCACCAUCCCAAGGCGACGAGGAAGCCAAACUCAGCAGCAAUACGAAAAGCUUCCAUCGAGUAUUAUUUAGCAAUUAGAGCCAUUCAAUUUCGAUCCGUGUUAAAUCGGAAUCACCGGCUAAAGUGGCUGUUCGGAAUCAAUCGAGCCACUACUUGUGACUGAGUAGAUUUAAACCGUGUAUUUGGAUGUUUUGGGCCGUUGAAUUGUAACAAGUUGUCUGAAUAUGCAUCAUGUACAAUCAGUCAAGACUAUGAUUAUUAUUCUAUGUUAAUACUCAUCGAUAAUCGUUGUUGUUAUGGCACUUUUAUACUUAAACAAGGGCUCGCUCGGUUUCGUUGCACUUGCCACUCGAAAGUGCUACGGAACUGGAAUGCGGUCCAGACAAAAUGCACUUUUCACCCGAUGUGUGUUGCAUCUUCUAGUGGCAUUAAAUGUGAUUUUACGGAUUUUUUUGCGCCCAAUCAACAUUGUAUUUAUUUAUUUGGCUGCUGGUCAACUAUCUCUGUCCAUUCACAUUCAGUUGUUUGUAUACGGGCUGUCUCAUAAGUAACGGUAAAAAAAUUUAAUCGGGUGGAUUUCCGCGGUCAAAAACAUGUGAGUUAGGACAACUUACCGUAGAAGAAAAGUCAACGGAAACAGGAAUACAACUCACCUGGAAGUUUUUUCUUUGGGGCGUCAUUUGGAAACCUAAUGGGUUUGUGAAUGCAGUUUCUAUUGAACUAGCCGAAUUGAAAAAUUUGUAGGACGUAACUAUCAAUACAUUGGUACUCUCUGUAUAGAUUGUUGAUAAUAAUAAUUAUUAGGUAUUUGUCUUAUUACAAUAUGAACCUCAAAUCUAAGGUGCUGUGCUGACCUCGACUCAUGAAAUUUUGGGAAAAAACCAAACAUUUCACGUACCAGUUGUUUGACUGCUUUCGGCCUAAGGAGCUUCCCAAUUAUGCAAAUUUACGGUUUUUGGGACAUUUCGAAAGAUUUUCUUUCAAAACCUUUACCUCCAGUAAUACCUAUGAAAUAUUGGACAAAACCCAACAUUUUUACAUGCUAGUUUGUUGCCUGCUUUCGGUCUAAGGAGCUUCCCAAUUAUGAAAGAUCACGGGUUUUUAAGCAUUUGGAGAGAUUUUAGUUUUUUCCUAAACAUCGACCUCAACUGAUGAAAUUUGGGGAAACACAAAAAUUUCACAAGCGAGCUUUUUAACUGCUUUUGACCUAAUGAGCUUCCCAAUUAUGCAAAUUUUCGAUUCUUGGGGCAUUUGGAGAGAUUUAAUUUGUUUUACAAAACAUCGACCUCCACUAAAGAAAUUUUGGGCAAAAAACCAAAAAUUUCACAUACGAGUUUUUUAAUCCUAUUGACUUAAAGAGCUUCUUAGUUAUGAAAAUUCACGGUUUUUGAGGCGUUUGGAGAGAUUUUUUUUUCCUAAACAUCGACCUCAACUGAUUGACUGAAAUUUUAGAUUAAAAAGCAAACAUUUCACGUGCGAUCUUUUUAACUGAUUUUGACCUGAGGAGCAAAUGGGAGCUUUCUAAUUCUAAUUAUUUAUGGUUCUUGGGGCAUUUGGAGAGAUUUAAUUUAUUUUACAAAACGAUCUCCAUUCAUGAAAAUUUGGGCAAAAAUACAAAAAUUUCAGAUAAUUAUAAAACUUUAUUUAACGAAACCGUUUUUAAAAAGCUUUAUUUAAUUUUAACAGCGAAUAAGCUUACUACUUAAUUCCACAAGGUGGUUACAAAGAAUGAAUGAAUUAUGUAUAACAACCAAAUGAAGUAAACGCAACUGCUGACACGUCAAAUGCUGAUGCCUGGUGUCUUCUUGGUAUUCUGCUGAUGCCUGGUGUCUUCUCGGUACUCUGGUUGCAGAGUCAGUUGUUAUGGCUAUGUAACUAGAUGCGAGUUUUUUUACUGCUUUCGACUUAGGAGCUUUCCAUUGCAUGUUUAUUUAUUUAUUUUAUUGCCUGUUGACAAUGACGCAGUGAAUGGACAAAUAGACAAAAAUAAAACAAGAAUAGACAGUUGAAAAAGCGCACUUUUCACAACUAUUUUCAAUCCUGGAAAAAGUCAGAUAUUUCCGCUUCCUUAGACUUUUCUUCUGAUGCACGUUGUGAUGAAUCUCAUCAUUUUACCGCAGAAAUCUGCCACUAAAUAUUUUACCAUUACUUUAAAGGGACACCCUGUAUAAUUUCGCCAAAGAUGUUCUAUGUAUGUAUUAUUGUUUUGUGUAAAUACUCGCCAAAUUUGUGUACAGAAAUUUAUAUAUGUUGUUCUCCUCGAAGUAAAAUGCAGUACAAAA